CCUUCAUUUUUCAUUUACGACGUCAGCGCAGCGGGUAGCCUACACGUAACUCUUCGCUACGCCACUUGAUAGUAUUCGAAAUCGACGAGAAUGACAAAACAACUAAAAAGAGACUUUAAAUGUCGUUCAACGUGCCGCUAUUGGAUUGGUUUUUCUAUUUUACAACCAAAUGUAAGAUUUCUUCACUAUGGGCUAUACAUAUUCGAAAGCGAGUAGCACGCGAAGACGAGAAAAUGGAAGACAAGAAGAGGGGGGAAGAAGGCCUACUACUACACAAGGGAGGAGAUUUCAAAUCAGACGGAGUGCCCAGACUUCCAGAUACCCAGAUACUUUCAGCCCUAUACCGCUCUGUGAACAGUGCUACGGCUGAUGACAAAAUCAUAUUCCUGCAUGUGGCCACAAAGCAGAUAGUGAGGCUGUUGAACAAUUCAAAUGUGACCAACACUUGGGAUAAGACGAAACUGGACAACCUGCUCAACAUUCUCAACCAGCAGUCUACCAACCUUGGAGAUUGUGCUGCACAAGUGCCGACAAGAAUGUCUAAAUACAGAAAACAACUGAAGAAACACUUCCGUAGCCUGAAGAAGUUCCUGAUAGAAAUGAAAUACAGCAAACAGUCAUGGGAGCAGAUCAGGAAAGAAGUUGAACGUCAUCUACACCGACUGCUGUACCUAGCCAACACCAUGGUGGAGUACUGAAGAGGCCAUGGCACACAUUGGAUUUAGUAUUUUCAUUUGGUUUGGGGAUAUUUAACUC